AUGGGCAGGUCGUGUUCGGAGCUCCUCGCAGGCGUCGGUCUCUUUCUCUUGAAUGGCGUAGACUUGAUCGCCGGAACCGCUCUGUGCGUCUACAGUCUCGACCUCUUCACGACGGGCCACACGCCCAUGUAUCUCUAUGUCCCGCUGCUUGCAAUUGGUAGCGUCCUCGUCAUUGCGUCCGUCAUGAGCAGCUGUGGAUUGCUGUAUCAAGAGUGCUCCGUCUGCAUAGCGCUGUCGUCGAGCGUGCUCGGAUGGGUCUCGUUGGCUGAGUUGGGACUCGCUGUCGUGAUGUUGACGCAAGGCGGACGGGUCGACACGUUCUUACACGACCACAGCAAUGAACUCGAGCUCAGUGGAGAUGAGUUGGCACGAUACGAGCGUCACAAGUUCUACCCGGCGUACGCGUUGCUAUCGCUGGCGGUGAUGGAAGCUCUGCGUCAACGCUAUAGCACCACACUGCAUCGCGCACGGCUUCGUCGCCAGCACCAGUACGAGAUGCUGGCUUGA